AUCAGCGCCAUCAUGCUGGGGGGCAGGCCGGCGGUGCCGAAGAAGCUCUCGGUGACGCAGCAGGCGCUGCUGAAGCUGCACAAGAUCAAUGCGCGCGGGGCGUUCCUGGUGGUGAACGCGCUGCUGCUGCUCGUGGUGUUCUACACGUCGCGCCGCUUCCCGCACAAGUUCGUGCGCGUCCAAGGCGACUGCGACUCCAACUGGCUGCACGUGGACGCCCCCGAGGGGUCUGAGACCACGUGCUGCAACAAUGAGGCGGGGGGCUACGAGGACGCGCCUUGCUACACCGGCAUGGACCUCAUGCCCGUGCUGGGCUCGAUGCAGGGAGCGUGGGCCAUUCCGCUGUCGGCUCUGGUGUUCAACUACGGCUCCAUGAUGCUGGGGCCGAACGUAACCAUGCCUCGCGUCCGCGUGUACGUGCGCCGUGGGCUGCUGUACGUAGCGGUGAUGGCGCUGCGCACUGUCGUGUUGUACAUGGGCCUGGGGCUGCUGGAGAAGCGGCUCUUUAUGGGUCACUCGGACCAUGCCUGC